AUGCUCUCCUUCACAUUUUCCAAAGCCACCCUGUGGGCCACAGCGGGGUAUUGGCCUGGUGCAGUUGGACAUCUCAACAGGAAGGAGAAGCAAUCACCAGGAGAAGGAAGGAAGGAAGGACAGAAGGAAGGAAGGAAGGACGGAAGGAAGGAAGGACGGACGGAUUGAAGGAAGGAAGGAAGGAAGGAAGGACAGACAGAUGGAAGGAAGGAAGGAAGGACGGAAGGAAGGANNNGAAGGACGGACGGAUUGAAGGAAGGAAGGAAGGAAGGACAGACAGAUGGAAGGAAGGAAGGAAGGACGGACGGACGGACGGAAGGAAGGAAGGAAGGAAGGAAGGAAGGACGGAAGGACGGAAGGAAGGACAGACGGAAGGAAAGAAGGAAGGAAGGACGGACGGAAGGAAGGAAGGAAGGAAGGAAGGAAGGAAGGAAGGAUGGACGGAAGGAAGGAAGAAGGACGGACGGAAGGAAGGACAGACGGAUGGAAGGAAGGAAGGACGGAAGGAAGGAAGGAAGGAAGGACGGAAGGAAGGACGGACGGACGGAUUGAAGGAAGGAAGGAAGGAAGGACGGAAAGAAAGAAGGACGGACGGAAGGAAGAGCGGACGGAAGGAAGGAAGGACGGACGGACGGAUUGAAGGAAGGAAGGAAGAAAGGAAGGAAGGACCGAAGGAAGGAAGGCAGGACGGAA